GGCGUUGUCGGGUAUAUAAACUUAACCGGCAUCGAUGUGCGUCAUUCAAUACAUAUUGAAGCCAAGCUAUUACACGUCCGAAAAAAGUACGCAAAAAGUGAUCUAAAAUCUUAAUUAAGUGCUAUUGUGGUGAAUUGUGAAUUAAAAAGCAUCAAAAAUGGCAUUUCAUCCAUUCUUCGUUGACCCACGCCCAAGACGCCUGAUGGAGCAAAACUUCGGUUUGGGUAUGACGCCCAAUGAUUAUUUGACAAUCGUUGCCAUACCUCAAAUGAACAGAAAUUACUACAGACCGUGGAGAAAUCUACAAGCCGCCGAACAAGACGCUGGAUCCACCAUUAAAGCAGAAAAGGACAAAUUCCAAGUUAAUUUAGACGUCCAACACUUCGCCCCAGAGGAAAUUUCAGUGAAGACCGUUGAUGGCUUCUUAGUGAUUGAAGCGAAGCAUGAGGAAAAACAAGAUGAACACGGAUUUAUUUCUAGAAGCUUCACGCGGCGUUACCGACUCCCAGAAGGUAUUCAAGAGGAUUCUGUGACUUCGAAGCUCUCUUCAGAUGGCGUUCUCAGUAUUACCGCACCCUUGAAGGCUCCACCGAAGGCUGAAAAUGAACGCGUAGUGCCCAUCAUUCAGACUGGUCCAGUGAAGAAGAAAAGUGAGGACGAACAAGAGGGAAAUUGAAUUAUUUUUAUGAAUAAUAUGAGUACACAUUCCUAUUUUGAAGUUUGAUCUGAAUUGAAGAGUGUUUGUUAUUUCUGUUUGUGAAAAUACAUGACAAUCUAGUCACCAAA